UGUAUGUAUCCAUGCUGAACCGAACGUGCCAACAUAUGUAAUCUAAAUGUGAAUUUGCUGAUGCACCCACAUUAUGGGAUAUCCUGGAUUAUUUUCGGAUAUAUUUCCACACCCAUCGGUCGUCGAAACUGGGAGGUAGACAUUAUCUAUCACAACCCCUUGAAUCAGUUCCGCUCUCCUUACUGCGCGCACUAAAAAUUUUCUCUGCCAAAUUCAUACUAACCUUGCUUCAGGGCUAAUCUUAGAACUCAAAAGAGACUCGCCGCUAGCGUCGUCGGCGUCGGUAAGAGAAAGAUUUGGUUGGACCCAAAUGAGACCACUGAGUUGGCCAGUGCCAACUCUCGUGCUGCCAUCAGAAAGUUGUACAGCAACGGUACCAUCGUGAAGAAGCCAGACACCAUCCACUCUAGAUCUAGAGCUAGAGCUUACGCCGAGUCCAAGAGAAACGGUAGACACAUGGGUUACGGUAAGAGAAAGGGUACCAAGGACGCCCGUAUGCCUUCCCAAGUUGUCUGGAUGAGAAGAUUGAGAGUCUUGAGAAGAUUGUUGGCCAAGUACAGAGAUGCUGGCAAGAUUGACAAGUCUUUGUACCACAGCUUGUACUUGUCUGCUAAGGGUAACACCUUCAAGCACAAGAGAGCUUUGGUUGAGCACAUCAUUCAAGCCAAGGCUGAGGCUGCUCGUGAGAAGUCUUUGAAGGAGGAAGCCGAGGCUAGAAGAUCUAAGAACAGAGCUGCCAGAGAGAGAAGACAGCAGAGAGUUGAGGAGAAGAGACAAGCUUUCUUGAACGACGCUUAAAUCUUUUCUGUUACAUAGCUUACUCUGUACUUUACUACAUUGUGGUGACCCCAUUAAUAAAUCGUUUGACGCUAUUUUUAUAUCUUUGACUAAGCUCAGAGUGUGUGUAAAGCCAUGUUCUCUAAAUUUAGUCUGCUAAUAUUACUCAUGAAUAAAUAUUUAUCAGAGGUGUUUGCCUGGCA